CUCUGUAACCGAAAAUUCAAUUAUUUUCAUUUCGCUGUUGUUAGCACCCAAUCGAAUUGGCAAAUAAAUUUUUUAUUUUUUAUUUUUAUUUUUUGGUUCGAUAGUCGUAACUCAUGGUUAUAGUGCAAUCGAUUUUACUAGUUGUACAAAAGUAAAUAGAAAUUUUUUAAACGAAUUCCUUCAAUUUAGGAACAAAAUAACCAAUUUUUCCAUGAUGAUUCGAACGAUUUUGGGUGAUAUGGGUGCAUUGGCCAGAACUGUAAAUAAUAGUGCUCAAGCGGUUGGUACGAACUGCGGCAGAACUUAUGCAACGCAAGCUACCUUUGAUAUUAAACCCUACCGUUUGCACAAUCUGGACUCGGGACCGGCUGAACGCGGCACAGUGACACGAGAUGAAGCAAUCGAAAUGUACCGACAAAUGCAGACAAUUCGACGCAUGGAAACGGCUGCCGGUAAUUUGUACAAAGAGAAAAUCGUUCGCGGUUUCUGUCAUCUGUACUCCGGACAGGAGGGCUGUGCCGUUGGAAUGAAAGCUGCUAUGCGUGCUCAGGACAACAUCAUUUCGGCGUAUCGUGUCCAUGGAUGGACAUAUUUGAUGGGUGUUUCGCCGGCUGGUGUUUUGUGCGAAUUGACGGGUAAACAGACUGGUUGCGCUCGGGGUAAAGGCGGUUCGAUGCAUAUGUAUGCACCAAACUUUUAUGGUGGCAAUGGAAUUGUUGGAGCGCAAGUUCCAUUGGGAGCUGGAGUGGCAUUAGCUUGUAAGUACAAAGGAAACGGUGGAGUCUGUUUAUCAUUGUAUGGCGAUGGUGCAUCGAAUCAAGGACAAGUCUUCGAAGCAUACAAUAUGGCUUAUUUGAUGAAACUUCCCUGCAUAUUUGUGUGCGAAAAUAAUGGUUACGGUAUGGGAACAAGUUCGAGCCGAUCAUCCUGUAAUACCGAAUAUUAUAAGCGGGGUGAUGUUCUACCAGGAAUCUGGGUCGAUGGAAUGGACGUUAUAGGUGUUAAGAAUGCAACAGCAUUUGCCAUAGAGUAUGUCAACAACCACGGCCCGUUGGUAAUGGAAGUAUUCACAUAUCGAUACUCCGGUCAUUCAAUGUCGGAUCCAGGAACAAGUUACCGCACUCGUGACGAAGUUCAAGAAGUUCGGCAAACACGUGAUCCUAUCACCCAGUUCAAAGACAAAGUGGUCAACGCCGGUCUGUUGACGAACGAUGAAAUCAAGAAAUUUGACAGCGAUAUCAAAACAGAAGUGGAUGCAGCGACAAAAUUGGCAAAGUCUGAUAAGGAAAUCCCAUUGGACGAAUUGUAUACGGAUGUGUACGGAAAGAAUCUCGUUCCGCUAAUUCGAGGCUUGAGUCCGAAUCAAAUGCACCCACACAAGACAUUGAAUCAUCUUAGAGCGAAGUAAAUCGAAUCGAAUUGUUUUAUAUCGGAAACGGUGAUAGGUGCAACAAACAAGGCAAUAAACUUAAAAGAGGCACACAAGACGAAAAGGCAUAAAAUGAUUAACGUGUUUUCAAACUUUGGAAAAUAAAAUUUACUUUACGAUGAAAUGGU